AUGAAGCGGAAGGAAAGGGACGGAGGUACCCGGCGAAGUCAGAAGUUGAAGACGAAGAAGCCAAACACUCAACGCCAGAAGAGAGGUCCUCGUUUGCCCUCUUCUUUGCAAAAACAUAUUGACAGUUUAAACCCUACCACUUCCUUAGACAGCGUCGAUUCCGAUGACCACGAUGACCUUUACGAGUACGAGGAAGAAAGGGCCGAGGAGGAGUCCAGGAAGAAUAAGCGUUACGACCCUGCUUCCGUUAACGAUGACUUUUCUGAAGAAAUUGAGGAUGAGAAUGUGCAAUCUGAUGAUGAAAGUGAGGACAAUGAUUACAUUGGGACAAAGAGAGAUGAAAAUGUUCCAAGUGAUGAUUCUGGAGAAGAAGAUGACGAGAGACAUGCAAGGAUGCUGCAAGCAAUUACUGGUCUGCAUAGGGAGGCUUUUGAAGGUAAAAAUUUCUGUUAA